AUGUCCAGUGGCCCCCUCCCCGGGCCCAGGGAGGCACAGGAGGAGUGCUGGGAAGCAGGAUGGGACCCCGAGAUCUCGGGGGUGGGGGGGGGCGGAGAGGCGCGGGAGCGCGUCCCCGUGACCCCGCCCUGGCUCAGCCCCCUGCCCGACUCCCAGCCCACCCGGUCCAGCGCAGCGGGCUCCCUCUCCCCCUCCCCUGCACUCACCUCCCCUGCCGGCUUUGGGGGGCCCCUCACCUCACCUGUAGAGCAGGGCUGUUGUCUUUCUGUCCUGCUGCCCCCGGAGCUGUCAGACGACGAAGGAGCACCCUCCGGGCCCUCGGCUUCCCUCCCUGGCUUCUAG